AUUUGUGUAGCGUAAAUACAGAGACAAUGGCCGAAGUUCAGAGCAUCCAUAUUCCUCGUGUGAAACUUGGUAACCAAGGCUUUGAGGUUUCAAAGUUGGGAUUUGGAUGUGCGAACCUUACUGGAGCCUACGCUGCUGGUGUUUCUGAAGAGGAAGGCAUUUCUAUUAUUAAGCAUGCUUUUAAUAAGGGAAUCACCUUUUUUGAUACUUCUGAUAUUUAUGGACUCAAUGCUAAUGAAAUUUUGGUCGGAAAGGCUUUAAAGCAACUCCCUAGAAAAAAGAUCCAAAUAGCUACAAAGUUUGGCGUUGAAAAGUUAGAUACGAAUACUUUUGAUAUGAAGAUCAAUGGUACACUAAGCUAUGUACGCUCAUGUUGCGAAGCUAGUUUGAAACGUCUUGGAUUUGAAUACAUUGAUCUCUAUUUUCAGCAUAGAGUGGACACAACAGUCCCUAUAGAAGACACAAUGGGUGAACUUAAGAAAUUGGUGAAAGAGGGAAAAGUUAAAUACAUUGGAUUAUCUGAAGCUAGCUCGGAUACAAUAAAGAGGGCACAUGCAGUUCAUCCAAUUACUGCUGUACAAAUGGAAUGGUCACUUUGGACUCGUGAUAUUGAAGAAGAGAUAAUUCCUCUUUGCAGAGAGCUUGGUAUUGGAAUUGUACCAUACAGUCCUCUUGGUCGUGGCUUUUUUGGUGGUAAAGGAGUUGUGGAAAACCUUCCAGCCGAUAGUGUUUUGAAUGCUCAUCCUCGCUACCAAGUACAGAACUUGGAGAAGAACAAGAAGAUAUAUGAGCGAAUAGAAAGCCUUGCUAAGAAGCACCAAUGCAGCCCUGUCCAAUUGGCAUUAGCGUGGAUUCUCCAACAAGGCAAUGAUGUUGCGCGUAUCCCUGGAACAACCAAGAUUAAGAAUCUGGAUCAAAACAUUGGUGCCUUAGUAGUGAGACUUGAAGAAAGGGUCUUAAAAGAAAUUUCCGAUGCAGUUCCAAUUGAGGAUGUAGCAGGUACUCGUCACUUUAAUGAAACUCAUGGAAAAGCUACAUGGAAGCUUUCUAACACUCCACCAAAAGAUUCAAGUAUCUCAGCUUGAAGAACUAGAAGUCCUCUAUAUUUGAACAAUAGUGUACAAGUUUAUGAAUUGAAGACAAUUCUGUGGAAGCAUAUGUGCUGCAUACUCUAUAAAAAUACACUGGGAUACUCGUAAACCUGUAUGAAUAGUGAUAUGGAUUGGUUCUUGGCUCGGUUGAUUAUUAUUUGGUUUGUUUUAAAAUAAAAUAAAAUGAGUCAAGUUUAAUUUUAGCA